AUGCUCCCUGCAACUCUAAAGCUUUGCUGUGGGAUCUCACACAAACAUCUGCAGAAACUGACUGGUCUGCAAAGAACAGCAGUGGGAGCCUUUGGAAAAGAAAUGUCAAUGUUUAUUUUAAAUAAGACCCACAGCUACUUCCCAAAUAUAGCUCAUUCUGUACACGGAACCAUCUAUAAAAGUUUAGGGAUUAAUAGAGACCAAAGCCGUUCAGACAAUUUCCCGCUAUCAAGCAGAGCAUCCUGUUAUCUUAAUCAGGCAGAAGAUAUUCUUCACACGUCUAUGGCAACGCUGCACCAAAAAGAUGGCUGGCAAGCUGAAAUUCACCAGGAAAAUGGAGAUUGGAUUCUCAGUAAAACAGUUCCAAGGAUAGGAAAAGUAUUUCGAGCUGAAGCAAUCAUAGAUUCCCCCCCUGAGUUUAUCUACACUCAACUCUUUGAAAAGCUUGAGGAAAUGGAUAGAUGGAAUCCAAGCAUCAGUAAAGUGCAGAUUCUUGAAAGACUUGGAAGAAAUACACUCUUGACACGAGAAGUAACAUCAGAGAUUCCAGGAAAUCUUAUCAGCCAAAGGGACUUUGUCAGCGUUAGGCACUGCUGUAGAAUGGGGACCUCAUUCUAUCUUGUUGGGACUGCAGCCUUCUCGGAUCUGAUGCCCCCACAAAAAGGAAUGAUAAGGGCUGAAGCUGGGCUUACCUGCAUCGUUCUUCGACCACUUGAGGGGGACAGGAAAAAGACGCACAUGACUUGGCUUCUGAGUUUGGACCUUAAGGGCUGGAUACCCAAGUCUUUAACAAACCAGGCUCUGUCACAGUCUCAAGCAGAUUUCCUCAGUCACUUAAGGAAACACCUAUAUUUGUCAGCACAGAAGAUGUAA